AUGUCGGCACCGAAGCGCCAGGACACCAGGAAGCUCUUUGAGAACUUGUCCGGUGCUGGGAAGUCCAUCGCGGUGCUCACCAGCGGCGGAGAUGCCCAAGGGAUGAAUGCCGCGGUCCGAGCUGUGGUCCGGAUGGGGAUUUACGUGGGAGCCAAAGUCUACUUCAUACACGAGGGCUACCAAGGCAUGGUGGACGGUGGCGAAAACAUCAAGGAGGCCUCGUGGGAAAGCGUUUCCAGCAUGUUACAAGUGGGCGGCACGGUCAUCGGCAGCGCUCGCUGCAAAGCCUUUCGCGGCCGUGAGGGUCGCCUGCAGGCGGCGCUCAACUUGGUUCAAAAGAACAUCACCAACCUCUGCGUCAUUGGAGGAGACGGCAGUCUGACUGGAGCCAAUCUUUUCCGGGAGGAGUGGAGCGGCCUCCUGGACGAGCUCCUGCGCAAGGGUGCCAUUAGCGAGGAGGCGGCGCAAAGCAACUCGGUGCUUCACAUCGUGGGCAUGGUGGGCUCCAUAGACAACGACUUCUGCGGGACCGACAUGACCAUCGGGACCGACUCGGCGCUGCACCGCAUCAUCGAGGUGGUGGACGCCAUCAUGACCACGGCUCAGAGCCACCAGAGGACGUUUGUGCUGGAGGUCAUGGGUCGCCACUGCGGAUAUUUGGCGCUCGUCAGCGCUCUGGCAUGCGGAGCCGACUGGGUCUUUUUCCCUGAAAUGCCUCCCGAAGACGGUUGGGAGGACAACAUGUGCCAGAAGCUGUCUGAGAACCGCGCUGACAAGAAGCGACUCAACAUCAUCAUCGUGGCCGAAGGCGCCAUCGAUCGCCACAACAAGCACAUCACGCCCGACUACAUCAAAGACCUGGUAGUGCGCAACCUGGGCUUCGACACCAGGGUGACCAUCCUGGGCCACGUGCAGCGAGGCGGAACCCCGUCCGCCUUCGAUAGGAUCCUGGCCAGCCGAAUGGGCGUGGAGGCGGUGCUGGCCUUGCUGGAGGCCUCGGCUGGUACGCCCGCCUGUGUGGUGUCACUGGUGGGCAACCAGGCUGUCCGAUUGCCCCUCAUGGAGUGCGUGCAAAUGACGCAGGAAGUGCAGAAGGCUAUGGAUGAGAAGAAGUUUGAAGAUGCGGUCAAACUGCGUGGACGGAGUUUUGAGAACAAUCUGACCACAUACCAAAUUCUCUGCAACCGCAAGGCCGACUCGGAGCUUCCACACAGCUCCUUCAACGUGGCGGUGUUGAACGUCGGGGCGCCCGCCGCCGGGAUGAACGCCGCCGUGCGCUCCGCCGUCCGGGUGGGAAUCACUGAAGGCCACAAAAUGUUUGCAGUGAGCGACGGAUUCGAGGGAUUCUAUAAGGGUCAGAUCAAGGAGAUCAAGUGGGGCGACGUCGGAGGCUGGACGGGUCAAGGCGGCUCACUACUUGGCACAAAAAGAACGCUUCCCGGUAAACAUUUGGACAAGAUCGCCGAGCAGAUGAGGAUCCACAACAUCAACGCGCUGCUCGUCAUAGGCGGAUUUGAGGCCUACAUGGGAUUACUGGAACUUUCGUCAGCCCGGGACAAAUACGCGGAACUGUGCGUGCCCAUGGUGAUGGUCCCCGCCACGGUGUCCAACAAUAUACCGGGCUCGGACCUCAGCAUCGGUUCCGACACGGCGCUCAACGCCAUCACGGACACUUGCGACCGCAUCAAGCAGUCGGCGAGCGGCACCAAGCGGAGGGUUUUUAUCAUCGAGACCAUGGGGGGCUACUGCGGAUACCUGGCCACUGUGGGCGGGCUGGCGGCGGGGGCGGACACCGUCUACAUCUACGAGGAACCCUUCGACAUCCGAGACCUGCAGGGUAAUGUGGAACAUCUGACGGAAAAGAUGAAGACCACCAUCCAGAGAGGUCUGGUGCUCAGGAACGAGAACUGCAAUGUGAACUUCACGACUGAUUUCAUCUACCAGCUUUACACGGAAGAGGGUCGAGGGGUGUUUGACUGUAGGAAGAACAUCCUUGGACACAUGCAGCAGGGUGGCGCUCCAUCUCCCUUCGACAGAAACUUUGGCACUAAGGUGGCGGCUAAAGCCGUACAGUGGAUCACAAAGACGUUGCAGGAGUCUUACAAAGGAGGCCGAGUGUUCGCCAACUCUGAGGACAGCGCCUGUCUGCUCGGCAUGAGACGCCGAGCCAUGGUCUUCCAACCUGUGGCGCAGCUGAAACAAGAGACCGACUUCGAGCACCGAAUCCCUAAGGAGCAAUGGUGGUUAAAGCUACGCCCCCUGAUGAAAAUCCUGGCCAAGUACAAGACCAGCUAUGACGUUUCCGACUCUGGCCAGCUGGAGCACGUCGGCCGCUUCCGUGCAAAGGAGGGAGAUGCCACGGCCGCCAUCUGA